GUGUUCCGGUGAUUCCCGACGAGUCCCCAGAGUUCGACCCUAGGUACUAUAACUGAUCUGUAUGCUUGCGGAAGUCGUGUCUAGGAAAUUAAAACUAGAUAAAUCCGAACCUAGUUCGCGACGCAUCAAGUUUUUGGCGCCGUUGCCGGGGACUCAACGGAAUUAACGUAAUACUUAGAAAACCAGAACGAUAUCAUAAAUCCACUAGUGAUACGAUUCGAAAUUUUUGUUCGGUUUCAGUUUUUUUUUUUUUUAUUAUUAAACUUUUCCUCUGUUUUCUUCUCUGUUUGAUGCGCAGGAUGAGAGGGUAACAGUGGUGAAAGUAUGUAUAUAUGUGUAUAUAUAUUAAAUAUAAAAAAAAAAAACUUCCACACCGAAACAGGUAAGGGUUUUCUUCAAAACCACACUCGCACUAUCGCCCUUUCACACCAUGAAUCCAUCCCCAAUAAAAAAAAAAAAAAAAAAAAGCUUGCCAAAUCAGACUGUAACAUCACCGGAAAACUCGUUUUCCGACCAUCCCCAUCACUCCACUUUCCAUAAUCCACACUCACACACAUCGGAUCUGAUUUUUGCUAAGAUGGCUUCUCGCACCAAGCGUACACGUACCACUGCUUCUAGAUCCGUUCCUGAGAGAUCACGUGCACCGAGACCAGGCGCAAUUAUCGAGCUCACACCUUUGAUGUCAAUCACUACCGUACAUGGCGAGCCAACAACAAUAACACCCCGAGAUGAAACACAAGCCGAGUUAUACAGACGACUAGAGAGACAAGGGGUCCGGCCAACCCGAUUUGUCAGUCCCGAGAUAGAACAGCUCGGAAUCCAAGAUCAAGUCCGAGAGCUUUUCGAGAGACUCGGAUGGAGAAUGCUCUUCACUGCACAUGAACUAACCUACACGAGGUUGACUUUGGAGUUUCUCUCCUCUUACGACUGUUAUUUCCCGAGGAACGGGAAUAUUGAGGGUGCCUACAUGGAGUUCCGUCUGUGCAACACCGAGGUACGACUCACCAUGGGGCAAUUCGCAGAGAUACUUGCUGUGCCACGAGGGAGGACAUGGAAACUCCCUGACAUCGACAUCAAGGAGCAGAUGCAGCCUUUCUGGAAGGCUAUAGCCGACGGAGACUACAACGCCAGCAAAGGGCAAGCGACCAGCGUAUACCACCCAUCUCUCCGCUACUUGCAGCAGUUCAUGUCUAACUGCCUUUUCGCCAAAUUUGCGGCGGGGAAGAUCACGAAGACGGACAUUCUAUACAUCCGUCUCGCCCUCAAGGACUUGUUUGAGGAUGACGAUUGGAGGAUGGGAGAGGUGGAUCUCGCCUCUCAGGUUGCACUAUACUUCAGGCAUCUCCUGAAGAUUCCAGCACAGUCUCCGAAGCCCAUCUACAUUGGAGGGAUCGUCUCUAUGAUUGCCAGACACGUCGGCAUCAACCUCGGCAUCUUCACUGACAUAGCUGAGGGAGAGACGAGGUUAGAUCUUCUUAUGCUUAAGCACAAGAGCUACAUUGACUGGGUUAGGUACAAUACUUUCUAUUGGUUCCGGAAGAGAGAUGGGACCACUUACAAGAGCAGACUAUCGAGGAACACUGUACCUCCCCUUACACUUGAGGGUAUUGCAUUCCCACUCGCGGAGCCUCAUGAGCCAGUUGCACUGAUUGCAUCACAGGCUGACGGUGAAGGAACGACUAACGAUGAAGAUGGUCAUGACGCAGAGGGCACAACACACAACAUUGAUGCCCCGGUACACGAUGAGCGACCACCUAUGAGGGAUGCCACACAUUCAGAUACAGGACCGAGCUUUAGUGCAUAUUUUGACAGGAUGGAGCACCACAUGCAGACACUCCGACAAGAGCAGGAGCGAUCUCGGGAGUAUCAAGAGCAGCAACUUUGUGCCAUGCUUCAGCACCAGAUUCAACGCAACGUGCAGUACACAGCUUACCGCACACGACAGGAGCAGUCUUGGACCCGACAGGAAGGGCAACUACAGGCGAUCAGGGCAGCCCAGGAGGCAUACUACACCUACCAGCGCCAGCACACCGACUUUCAGACAGAAGUGUUGCAUGGUCUUCAACAAUUACAUUUCACGCUAGCGGGAAGACCUCUGGUUCCUCUACCCUCGAGAUACCCAAUUGAGGGUGAGUCCGCCGCUCCGCCACCGGCAUCCGAUCCCAUGGACCACCACGAUGAUACUCCGAGGGAUACUAGAGAGUGAUCCUCUCACAUUUCUAUCUCUAUCUUUUUAUUUCCAUACUUAUGUUUGUUUUAGACUUGUUACAUUUGUUUUGUGUUAUUAGUUUCCUUUUUA